AUGACUUCGACAAUCGCCUCCAUCGCGACUAUUCAGCUACCCGCACCUACGCAAGUUCUCACCUCAUCAUGGUGCCCAGACAAAGAUUUGCUUGUUGUAUUCUAUCGCGUGUCACAUCAAACCAAGAUGGCCUUGUACAAAAUGCAGGGCUCGAAGAAGUGGGAGGUGACCAUUGACUCGAGGCAAAUCGGAAGAGCGGAGGUGGAAGUACUUGGGGUGGCAUGGAGCCCCGACGCCCAGUCGCUUGCUGUGAUUUCCAACCCUCCUUUGGUCUCUGUCCACUCGAUACAAACCGGGCAAGUUGUGAACGACAUACCGUUCAGCCAGACUGCACCCCUCAAACUAGCGAACGUUUGGUGGUUUCGUGAAGAGAAGAAAGUAGUGGGCAAUGGGAUACCUGAUAUUUUCAAACGGGGGGAUAGUACCACAGGUUCUGCACUCGCGAUUUUGAGGAACCUGCCGUUGUUGGAUCCUAUGGAAGAUGAUGCGACACCACUGAAUUCAAACGAUCUUUUCGCUUUCCAAGGGACGCGAAACCGAGCAGCUCCAACGGCUAGGACCAUCCCUGGCAGCAUCGCCUCUUGGCCUGCUUUUCAGCAACGUCGGGAUGACGCCUCAAUUGCGGCGCAGGCGCAAACAGCGCAACAAGCAUUCCCAGAGGAAGCUGAUAAACCCGACGAUACGAACCUCAAUAGCAUCCUCGCCGUUGCAGACACUUACGGCCAAAUGCACUUGUUCUUGGAGGGCUCAUAUCUCCUGGGCACGCUGGGUAUCCGCGAAACGACGUACCCUCGAUCGGUUCACAAGCUCCGAGAAUUCUUCUUUGCUCACAUCGGAUCCUCAGCCGCGGGCGAUGCCGAUGUAGUGCUAUUCCCGUACGCAGCUCAACUCCCGUACCUAGCAACAAGGCACUGCAGAGAAGUCGCUCGUGUGUCUACCGCAGCGAGGGAGCUCGCUGGAUACGCUAUACAGGUGGUGAAGGACAUGCGUUCAGCAUGGUUUGGCACGGAGACUCAAGGUGGAGCACGGCUUCUGGGACAGAAGUGGGUCCAGGCCCUCGAGGAGAGGCAGACGAAGGAGUUCGGACAGGAGGAGGCGUAUGGUCUCCUUGAUUUGACCUGCUUGCUCACUACUGGCCGUUCUUCGGAAGCACUGAUGGACUUUCUCGGGAGUGGGGAACAUAUGAGCGAAAGGAGCAUGCACAAAUGGGAAACCAUGAUGACCGAAGCACUGGUGAAGCUCCGCGAUAUGGCGGAGCAGCGUGUUGCACCCGCUGUGCAGCGUCUUCACCUUCUCCUGCAAGAGGUCCAGGGCUGGGCCACUCUGCCGCAGUAUGCCGUGUGCAAUAUCAACCCGCCAACGAUCGAGGCCUGCCUCGAGCUAGCAGCAAGCGCGAUCAUUCUAUCGAGCUGGCUCGCUACUACCGCACGCAAAGAACUCCUUCGCUUCAGGGAAUUCAUGAAAUGGCUACGCUAUGAGACUAGUCGUGGAAAUGCUACCGGGGACCACCCUACACCACGACCGCAACAUGAUAUCCUGGAAGUCAAUGAAUACCUUUCAUCGAGUCUCGUCGUCAGCCCGAUCGACAAAUGGUUCUUGGGUCUCGCCGCGCCCAUCAAACGGACGGCACUCGGCGUCCCGAGCAUGGACACCGCGAACCUCAAGGUGGCAGUCAAGAAGGCCCGCGAGGCACUAGCGCAGUGGGAUCGCGGCACGCAGCAACAGCCCGUCCAGCCCCGCGACCUUCCGCACAUUGAACGGAACCUGGACUCGCUCCUGCAUGCUCUCGCGUCGCGUUGCCAGGAAGUGUUCGUUGAGGCGUGCAAGGCCGCUGGGCGCUCAGCGGUCGUGCUCCGAAGUCCCGAGACAGUGCCUGUGCCGGGAGAGGCGGCUACGGAUUUGCCGACAGGACCCGCCGCUCCGUUAGUACGCGAGCGGACGGUUGAGGAUGACAGCAAGGCAAGCGACGCUUUCGGCGUUCUAGCGUCCUGCCGUGCGUUUACUGACCGCAGACGGGUACACUUGUUUCCGUCCCCACAGCCGGACAAUUUUGUGCACUGUCUCGCGAUGAGGCCGCCGCUCGUCGGUGACGGUGUCGGAACGGGCCCAUCAUACCUCUGCCUCGCCCGACUGCAACAGGGCCUCGGGGCCCUGGACACCCCGCCCACGAUCGAGGUGGCCGUGUUCGAAUGCAGCGUCCUCGAAGACGUGGGCGGCGCCGGGCACGCGUUCGAGCUCGUCGACCUUGACUUUUUCGACGGCUCGCUGCUCGUGAUCGUGUACCGGCACCCGGAACAAGGUGAGUGCGCGCGCAUCGCGACCGUCGGCUACGCGGACCUGCUGUACCACACGAUCCCGGCGGACGGGUACGUAACCGGCACGACUCGAGGGGCGCUGAUGCGCGACGUGCUCGCGCGCGUCGCGGGCGGGCAGCUCCCUGCGGUGCCCACGCCGAUUGUGCAGUCGCGGCCGCUGGGUGUGGCAUUCAAGACCGGCGCGGUGAAGCUCGCGGUGAACGGGCGAACCGGCCGGCGGGUCGCGUGCGUGCUGGACGGGACGGGGACGGUGGUGGAGGUUCUGGAUAUGGAGGCGGAGGAGGACGAGGAAGACGUGGAAGACGAGGACGAGGACGACGCGGAUGCGGCGGAAGAGGGUCCAGAAUAG